GGCACGGAUACACUCCGACUGCACCCUGGCCCAUCCGCCCUGCGCGCACCACUACGCGUGGGAACAGCCUGUUGGCGCUACGGCCGACCUUGAUCCAGAGAGAGCUUCAGCACACACACCCGUCGCGAAAAUUGUGCAGACUUUCGACUCAACUCCUCCAUUGCGCCGCACUCCGUUCCUUAGUGCGAAUCCAGUCAUUCUCGGCCGACACACCACCUCACCACCCGACGACCUCUGCCCAUCCACCCAUCCAUCCGCCGUCGGCGUCCGCGCACGCGCACGCGAGAGAUACAGAGAGGUAGACGAGUGCUUGCACGUUGUCCUUGCACACUCUGUUCCGUAUCCCGCACUGCAUUGCAUGCACGUUGAUCUGGAUACAGCAACAGGGGUCUAGCUACGGAACACGCUCAACCACCCACAACCGCUUUCUCCCCCCCCCUUCUCCCGGCGCGACGAGACCUCGUUCCGCGCGCAGUUGCUCCUGCUUGACGACACUGGUCCGAAGAAAAGAUCCCUCCCCUCUCCAGGACGACCUCAGGUCCUUCCUUCGCCCACACCCACAGGGCCCCCUACGCGUACCCUUCCUCCUCCUCCUCCUGCUGCUGCUCCUCCGCACCCCUCUCCCGCCCCUACCAAGGAUUAGCAGCAGGCACACAAAGCAGACACGAAGGGGGAGAGAGGGAAAAAAAUCUCUCGAGUUGCGACGGCCUGCAUAGGGACCGCACUCCAAGGCACCGCUCUCUCGCUCAACCUGCGCCCCAGGGUGUCGCGCAUCAACGCAUCCAUCCACGCCGCUUCCCCCGGUCGACCUCAGACGUCCAAUCGUGGCUCCAUAAAAAUUUCUAAUUAAAAUCGAAAUGGCUCAAGAAGACACCACAAGCAUCAGCACCAGCACCGACACCAGCACGACCAGUGCCAGCACCUCCAGCGUGCCUGUACCUGCGCCUACGCCUGUGUCUGUACCUGUGCUUGUGCCUGAUGCCAGCGACGACGCCGCUGUCAAUACGGAGCCCUUGACGACUUCUACUAAUUCGGUCCCUCCCCCGACCUCCUCGACCUCGCCUCCUCCUCCUCCUCCAGCUCCUACUCCAGCUCCCACUCCAGCCGCCGACGUCGCCUCUGCUCCUGCUACCGCUCCUCUACCAGGACAUUGGCCAGCCUCCUCGACGCCGAACUCGAACUCGACCCCCUCCGCCGAGACAUUGUCGACCUCGAGCGCGACCGUAAACGCGUCCAUUCCCGCUACGGCACCGCCGCCGCCUGCGACUGGCCCCGCGACCGCGCCUGCUCCCGCUCCCGCUCCCGUUGUAACCCCUGCGCCGCCCCUUCCGCAGCAGAACGGCGACGCGAGGGCGUCAUCCUCGCCGGCCAUGUCCCAUCACCAUCAGCCUCCGGGCCACCAGAGAGGCUACCCGAGCCCGAACAACUUCAAUUCACCUGGUGCCGUGCCCCCGAACCAAUAUGCCUACCACCCGCAGCAGAGCCAGACCUCCGCCGACCCGUAUAGAGCUGGCGCUGGCGCACCGGUCCCCUCCUUGCCCAGCAUGAAGAGUCUCGACCAUCACUACCAACAAGGCGCGCCGCCUCCCCAAGCGAUGCCGAUGCAGAUGCAGAUGGCCCCGAACCAAAGCAUGCAAUACUACCUGCCGCCAGGAGUGCAGGGCAACCCAUACAUGGCGCAGGACCUGAACCACCUAAGAUAUCAGAUCCCCCACCACGACCCUAGGUUGAUGCGAGGUCCUGGCGGUCCCAAGAAGGAGAUAAAGCGUCGGACGAAGACGGGUUGCUUGACGUGUCGUAAGCGCCGUAUCAAGUGCGACGAAGCUCAUCCGACCUGUAACAACUGUAAAAAGUCAAAGCGCGAGUGCUUGGGUUACGAUCCUAUAUUCAAGCAGCAGCCAGGUCCCUCGGCCAUUCAGCCCGCUCCCAACGCCCAACGAGUGCCGACCCCAACCGUUCCAUCCGUACCUUCAUCAGUCCCGCCCACCGUCCCGACUGUGCCCUCGACCCCCACCGUCCCCCCGGUGCCUGUGCCGGUGUCUUCAUCCAACCCCUACGGUGCCCAGCCGGCCAUUCUGCCCAGCUCGUACAACCCUCCCCCCGCCACCGCCGCCACCCCCUCGCAUUCGCACUCACCUCUCGACCCGGCCCUGACCUCGGCCACGCCCGGCCUCAAAACGGAGGCGACGUACGACUUCGCCGCGCCGAUAGAUCCUGCUCUGCAGACCCUACCCGCCCCGGCAACCGUGCCCUCCACUCAAACUCAGUCCUUCCCGGGUGAGCAAAGGGCAGCAGGCUUCGACAACCAUCUCAGAGCCACUACAAGAAUGAAGUUCGAUGACCUCAUCGGCCUCCUGGGCCCUGCCGCUCCCACCCAGGACAUCGCCCUUACCCCGGAGCUCCUCACCGAAAUCAUCAACAUCUACCGCGAGGUCUACGCCGUCGGCCUGCAAGCCUUUUUCGAGUCCAACUGGUUCCAGAAGCAGGAUACCCAGGGCAAGUUCUUUGUCGAAAACAGCCAGCCGCUCCUCGCUCAAUUCGCCUCGUUUCUCAAGGUUGUCCAGUCUGUGCCGGCCAAUGACCACACGCAGAUGGCCCACUCUGGGGUCCUCGAGACUCGUCUGAUCUGGUCCCUGGCCACUCUGCCAUGCAGCAGCGCUCCCCCCUCAACGAACGUCGAGGCCAAGGUGCUGCCGCCCCCGGACGACCUGACGGAAGCUGCCAACCGAGUCAGGGUUCUGGAGGCUCUCCUCUGCGGUGAUUUUCUGCCCUCGAAUUUCCUCGCGCCUCCCGUACCCGACGCGAACCCUCACCGCCAACAGGAGUUUGAGUUUUGGCACAACCUCGCCCAGUACCUGUGCCACCACGACGCCGCCAAGCGCGACGAGAUCCUUGGCCGGCUGAGACUGCAGCUGGGAGGCAGGGAGAACCGAGACCUCAUCUACUCGAUCGCCAUCUCGCGCGAGCUGUCCCCGCGUGUCGAAGCCGGGUUCGAGAGGAACAUCCCCAAGCACCUGGACGAGUCGGACCCCAAGAACAGGCUCUGGGUUGCCAACAAGUUCAUCCAGGAUGAGGCGCAGGUCACUGGCGGGACUACUAAUAUUGUACGACGGUUCAGCGAGAUUGCCAUCCGAGCUUACAUCAGUCCUGGCGUCAACAUCGCGACCCAUCAUGGCAGCCCGGCUGUUCCAGCACAGCCUUGAACAUUCCAACACCAGCAUCAUCACCUUUAUUCACAGCAUAUCACAUCCUGCAGCAUUUUCCAGGCUCAGGGAAGGGCCAUGGGGAGAAACCAAAAAAGGGACGUGCGUGGUUUUUCCCCCUUUUUUUCGUUUUGUUUUACUCUCUCAGGGCGUUACAAGGAGUGGAAGGGAAGGCAUGGCUUUCGUUCCUUUGAAGUUUUGCGAUUUUCCUUUUCCAAGGGGAGGUUGCAUGCGAGCCGGCACUGCGCCACUCGUCGUAUAACUUUUUCCUUCACGGCCGAUGGCAUCUUUGUAUAAGUAGUCCCACCCAUCCUUAAAACUAGUUCAUACUCCAGCAUGGUAGGGCGGUGUGGCAGGAAGAAAAGAAAAGUGGUUUUAUCUAUCUCUCAAAAAGGGGAUCUGAGCAGUAGGAAGGGGGUGGCUUGGGGAGACGAAGCCUAUUCUGUCUCUCUGUGGAUCAAUUCACAGAGAGCGGCAGAUUGUUGCGCCAACGACGUCUGGGCAUUGCCAGUGUUCACUGUACGAUACUAGACGGCGGACUCAUCUGGGUUCUAAAGGUUAAGGACGCCGGAUAGAAAUCAAGAAAUACAAAAAAUU